AGCGGAUUAUAUCCCGCCAACAGUCCCAUCGGCGACUUCUAUGCCUUCUUGUUUCUCGCAAAGGACAAACCGAAGUUGCAUAGUAUAUAACACAGAAAACAGAGGGGCACAACUUCAGAGCUGCUUAUGAGCCUCUAUAACUAUGCGAUUAGCGAACCAGAGAAUAACAAAGAAACAACAGAGAUGGUGAAAAUCGUGGAUUUGAGGAGAGUUCACGGCAUGUUCCAAGGAUCAUCGGAGGAAUUUUGGCGGGAAAAUGUUUAUGGCGGUUUGGCGACUCUUGUCGCUCUUCUUUUCGUCUUGGCUUGGCACUGUGCCAAGAGGUUCGUCUUUAGGAAAUCCUCUUCCUCCAAGUCUUCUCCAGUUGGUGUCUCAAAUUCUGAUCCAACCAGUUCUGGGUUCAGCAUCUCGGAAAUGGUCACAGAUGCAGAUUUGAAGUUUCUAAUUGAAAAUUUGGAGGAAAAGACCCGUGAAAAUGAGAAAUGGGACAAUGUCAUAGAGAAAAGAAAUGAUCUUCUAUCCUACUAUGCAAAAUGCUGCAAGCCUAAGGAUGGCCCUGUGAAAUACUUGAGCUCAACAAUAUUUGAGAAUUGCUCUCCUGAGAAGCUGAGAGACUUCUACAUGGACAAUGAUUACAGAAAGCAAUGGGACAAGAUGCUGAUUGAGCAUGAGCAGUUACAGGUGGACAAAAACAAGGGGGUUGAAGUUGGUCGGUCAAUAAAAAAGUUUCCACUGUUGACAGCUAGAGAAUAUGUGUUAGCUUGGAGGUUGUGGGAGGGGAAAGAUAAUACAUUCUACUGUUUUAUCAAGGAAUGUGAACAUCCUUUGGCACCACCCCAGAAGAAGUAUGUGCGUGUUGGUAUUUUCAGAUCUGGUUGGCAAAUCAGAAAAGUCCCUGGUAGAAAUGCCUGUGAAAUCAAAAUGUUUCACCAAGAAGAUGCUGGUUUAAAUGUGGAGAUGGCAAAAUUAGCUUUUUCCAGGGGCAUAUGGAGUUAUGUAUGUAAGAUGGAUACUGCACUUCGCAGAUAUUCUACAAUCAGCAAUCAUCAGUUAAGUUCUGGUGCUACUGCUGUCACUUUGAUUAAAAAGGUUCCCCCUGGAUUGGAAGCCACAGAUAGUAUGACUUCUCAAGAAAACUCUGCAGCAACUUCUGUUCACAGACCUAUCAUUGGUGGGGAGAGGAAAUUGUCAAGAACACCAUCAAAGAAAUUGCUUGCCAAUGGCUUGCUGAUUCUUGGGGGUGUGGUCUGCUUGUCUCGUGGUCACUCUAGCCUCGGUGCUAAAGUUGCCAUGGCGUACAUCUUAACCAAACUGGGUAAGCGUGGUGCGUCAUCAAGUGAAAGCAGCCCAAGUUCAGGUGCAUGACCUCGUUGGCAUCACAACUAAUUUUGGAGGGCCGAGUAAAGUUAUGUUGUAUAAAUUAUAGACAGGGCCCAUCUACCAAGAAGACCGACUACUACACUACUUUUGCAAAAUGAGAAAUGGAGGAAAGGGUAGGGGGUAGUUCCUCCUUAAUGAUUUUCUGUACAUCAUGCCUCCCAAAUUUCGUACGUAUCUGCAACCCUUUUACCAGAUUUACAUUCUGAAGCCUAGCAAUUGGAUUUCACACUGAUAAAUAGGAAAGGCUUGUUGAUUCUGGUGCACUUUUUAAGUUGUAGUCCUGGAAACUAGUCAUUAUAUAUGAACUCUUGUGGGUUACAGAGUGUAAUGGUGUGUGGCUGCAGUUGGGCUCAUUACUCCUGUAUGAUAACUCAGACUUUCUGCAAUGAACUCAAAGCUGCUUUAGAAGUUCUCAGAACUACUGGCAUGGGUAAGGCGUUUGGACCAUGAUGUUUAUAUGUAUGUGAGUACCAUACUUACAUCCUUCAUUUUGUGUAUUAAUUAUUACCUUGAGGAAAUGCGUUGAUAUCCUAAUAAUGUAAAAUUGUUCUAG